CCGCCGGCUUCACGCCCGCAAAUUUGGAUUGUUGUGAUUGCGACACGUUACGCAUUUCUCUUAUUCCCGAUAAAACUGGAACCCGAAAAUGCAGCGCAACGAUCAAGUGCAGCCGUACGAUGAGCAGCAGAAAAAUGCGAUGAACUACCAGUUUUCGCAGGAGGAGAUGCGCGUUCUGCGAGAAUGCAAUCGGGAGUCGUUCUUUCAACGUUCACUCCCGCUCGGAACGGUGAUGGGCUUCGGAGCAUGGUAUGCCGUACAAAACAACUACCUGAAGGCGAGCGCUCGGUUCGGACCGGCACCAAAGGUUUUGAUUGGUGUAACGCUGGGCUACUUCAUCGGGAAGAUUAGCUACCAGACCAAGUGCGCCGAGAAGCUCAUGAAGCUUCCCAACUCACGAUUGGCCGAUUUGCUGAGGCAGCGUCGUCAGGGAGGCACAGGAAUGACUGACAAAUUCCUACCUGAUCAAGGAUUCGGUGCAAGCAGCAUGCUGACACCGUUUGCCUCCACGCCAUCACCCGAACGCCACGCCGACGAGUCGUUCACAAACAACGGCUCGCUCAACCUGGACUACGAUGCGCCACAGUACGCCGGUCUUGACGAGAGCGGACGUCCUACACUCGAUUCGAUGAGCAUCCUCGAUGAAGAUCUCCAGCUACCGCCCGCCCCGAAAGCUUCGAAAACGUACGAAGAGUUACGGCGACAGAAUCGCGAGGAGUACGCGAAGCGCCACCAGCAAACGUACCGCCCGGCCACCGUCCUCGAGGAUAGUCCUCCGAUUCGGCGAGACCCGGCGGCGGAUCGUAGAACGACCCCCGAUGAACCACCGGCAAGCCCACCUGGCGUCAAGAACAAGUACGGUGACUCUUGGUCACAAUAGAAGGAUUGUCUUGCAUUUCUGUGUGUUGUUAGUGUUCGAGAGAGAGCAAAAAGUAGUUAAAUAUUGCACAUAACCCCCGUUGCGCACAAUAAAAAGGGCUUAAUCGAA